GACACAACGAUCCUUAAGGCACCACGGUCCAGUCAUGCCUCAUGCCUAUAAAAAGAAAAACAUGUCAUUGAAGUUUCUGGUGGUUUAGAAAACUGCAUGCGGCUUCUCGAGUUUGCCAAUUUCUACACCAUUUUCUUAAAACUGAAUAAUUUCAUAAAUCUGAUAUGUGCGUGCAAGUUGAAAACUGUCCAUAGAUAAGCAAUAAAAAGUCGACAACUCAGUUUGAAAACGAGGGGACGAUGGACAGUCGUAGUGCUGUUGUUAUCAUCCAAAAAAAGUUAAAAGGGCCGGCGAGAAGUGGAAAACAGGUAGCGAACUAAUUAAUGGAAGUGGACAAUUUGUCACCGGCCGAUCGCGAUGCGGGAAGUCGGUGCGUUUUUAAGUAGCAGCAAUGAAAUAGAAGCUGUGGUCAAAUUGUAUAGCAAUUCUAGCUAUGUUAUUGUUGUUAUAUCAAAAGCAGUAAACCCUCCUUUACUAUCGUUUUCAAAUAAUACGGCGAGUCCAAUUACCACGUGUUUAGCUGCCAACUUUUAACUGUUCAUGGUUCGUACGUGUUUACUUACCAAAUCAAAGAAAAUUAUCUUUUUGUAUCUGGAUUCAGGUUGUAGAGUGGCCCCUGAAGGAGUUGUUCAUAUAUGGUCGAUGAUGGACUUCAACGUUUAUAUCAUGAUUAAGAAUGUAUGUAAAGCUUAUAGUAAAUUUGAAAGUGAUGGUUUUUGGUGAAAGAAAACGGCAAUAUAAUGAAUCAACGCUUCUGACUUCGUUAUUAAUAAUGAGGUGAAGUUGAGACUGAAAUGAUGUCCUUGCUCUAAACUCUAUAAUAUAGGUUAUUAUGUCACUAUAAGGGUAUGAACAUUGAAAUUAGAGUCGUUUGGAUGGAGUAUUUGUAUGAGUUAUUUGUGAGCUAUUUGGGUUCAAAUAACUCAUAAUGAGUUAUUUGGACACAAAUAACUCGUUUGACAGCGUUUUACUGAAAUGAAUUAUUCGGGCAGAGAGUUUUUGUAAAAAUGAGUUAUUUAAAAUAACUCAUACCCAUGUGUGUUUUUUUGGAAAUAACUAUUUUUACCAAAUAUCACAUGUCAAAUACCAUAUUUGCAUGGUUCAACCAAACGGGAUACUUUAUUUCAAUUACCACUGAAAUAACACUGAAAUACCACAUGAACAAUAAAAUGAGUUAUUUGACUCUACAAAUACCACAUUAACAAUUAACCCAUCCAAACGACCCUAAAUAGAGGGUCUACACUCUACAGAGCUGAAUCAAUGAAUUGUCUCCUUGAUAAUUUUAGGGUAAUGACUAUUUAUUAACCAAAUCUUUUUUCGGGUUCUUUUUUAUUAGCCAAACCAAUCAAAAUACUAAAAAUUAGCCAAAUGUUAAGGUAAUAUUGACUUGGCAACAUGAUACUGACUUGGAAGAGACGUGUUAAGGUUAACAUUCCAAAUUUUAGAAUUUAAACUAAAAAAAAGAGUUAACAAAAUUAUUAACAACAUAAAAAUGACAAACAUUUUGAUGCAUUACAAAAUAUUUUACUAAUUAAUAGCAUUUUAAUAUAUUUGGAUGAUAUAAAAGAAUCUAAAAAAAUUUAGAUAAAAAAUAUACAUCACCCAUAAUUUUAUUAGGUGUUCUACUUAUCUUUUAAGAUUUGGUGUACUGCUAUUGAGCUUUAUAUGGAUCUGGGCCAGAAGAAUGAUUAAUAUUGGGCUUUCUCUCUAUAUUACACAUGGGUCUUUGGGCUGCCCAAUUUGGCAUGAGUCCAGAGAGAUAUAUGGUGAUUUUCUGGACGUGCCUGGUCGGAGAACGUAGCAGGUGAUGGCCCAAUUCGUUAUCCAGAUCCAAAUUAAGGCCCAAUUUUUGCCAUCGCAUCUGCAGUAGCAUUAGCUUCGCAUAGUAGGGGUGGCUAUUUGGACCGGGACCGGAUUAAAAACCGGAAACCGGACCGAGAUCGGACCGGGACCGGAUAGUAAACAAUCCAAUCCAAUUUUUGGUCUUAGAUUUGAGGUAAAAAACCGGAUAAAAACCGGAUAAGAGAGCUCAACACCCAAAACUUAAGGGUAAUUUGCAUAAACGGUCACAAACCUUUGCACUUAGUACAAAACUUAACCAACUCCUCACCCUUUAAGGCUUUAGGCCACUCAAAUCCCACAAUCUCAAUGUAAAAUCAAGACCGAAUUGGGACCGGACCGGAUCAAAACCGGACCGUAUCAAGACCGGACUGUAUCCAAUCCAAUCUUCGGUCCUUAUAUUUUCAAAAAGACCGGACUGGACCGGAUCAAUUUGGGCCAAUUUAACCGGACCGGAUUGUAUAGCCACCCCUAUCGCAUAGUGUGUGUGAAAGAGACUCUGGAAUUUUUUUUACCAGCAACCAAAAGCAAAAAGUAGUUUGCAAUUUUCCAAAAGUUUUUUGUAUUAUCACACUACAGACUAGUAAUUUCUUAUGAAAUGUAUAACAUUAAAACAAAGUGCAAUGAAACCCAAUAUACCCAUACUUCAUCCAAACUCUAAAAAAGUGUACUUGUUGCAACCCAAAAGCACUGCAAGACUUUUUUUUUUUUUUUCAACUUUGACUUUAAUCAAGAACAAGUUUCUUAUCGAAUAGGUGAUUAAUUUUAUGAAUAAUUGUGUAAUGGUUAUAUAUUGAAAGAUAUUUGUUUAACGUAUAAAUCAAGUGCAACUAAGAAUUUUUUUAGGAGAUGAAAACACCUCGGAGAUAUUUUGUGGAAUUUUUUUUUUGUGGGUCGUUCAUAUAUUUUCUUAGAAAGAGUAGAAGUCAUAUGUUUUCUUUAAUUACUAUUUGUUUUUAUAUUUUGUAUGGGGUGACCUUUAACAAAAUUACGUACUUGUGUUCUUUUUAAAAGGGAUAACUUGAUGGACUUCCACUAGUAUGAAUAAUGCGAAAAAGCUAAAUUGCUAACUUGAAGAUUCGUUAGCAAAUACUAAUUGAUAUACAAAAUACAUGAAUUAGUAUCUAGAGAGUACAGACUAGUAUUCAAUGUUUGUUAACUGAUAUCCACCAUGCAUCAACCAGUAUCCCAAAUUCACAAACUAAUAUCUAGACAACAUAUAAUAGUAUUCAUACAACACAUAAUUAGUAUCCAGAUAACACAUAAGAGUAUCCCUAUUGAAUACUAGUUGGUAUGAUUGUGGAUAUUAGUUGGUAAUUGAUUGGCUGAAUACUAGUUGGUUUGAUUGUGGACAUUAGUUGGUAAAAUCAGCCGACUUGAAUACUAGUUCAUACAUUUUGGAUAUUAGUUAGUAUAUACUAACAACUUAUACAAUAUUAGUUAGUAUAUACUAACAACUUAUACAGUUAGUAGAAUAACCCUAUUGGAAUAACGAGCCUCAACGGAUGAUGUUCUUGUGUUCCUUUAUGAAUGAAUUAAGAGAUGCUAUAGAAAGUGUACAUGCAGAGGCGAUUGGGGGAGAGGCUAGCGUAGAGGAGCGGAUCCGGCGGGAUGGAUUGUCGCCUCGAAGUCGUCGAUGGUGGUGGGAGAGGAGGAGGCUGGUGGCGGGUGAGGUGGUUGACGGUGGCGCGUAUGAUGUUGAGCUGACGGAGGAGGUGGUCGGGGACUCGUUGGGAGGUAACAGUGAGUGGGGGAGCUGGCGAAAAUGAGGGGUGGAGGGGAGGGGAAGAAUGAAGUGGGGAGGGAUGGAGGAUGAUUAUGUGGCGGCGGCGACUAUUGGUGAGGAAGAAAAUGGAGGAGGGGGUAACUAAAAUGGUUGGAUUAUUGGGUUGAAUAUGAUAUGGGUUAGAUUUAAUGACAUGGCAGGUUUGCUGAGGUGGCAUGUCAGUUUUUUUGUUUUUGGUUAAAAUUAAGUGACUCAACAUUUCUGUUAGCCACGUCAUCACUCAACGGUCUUCGUUAACGGAGUCUAACGGAGGUUAAUGGGAGUGACCGAACUUGGACCGUGUAACUAAUUUGAGUGACUACAGAUGUAAUAAAAUAAUUCCAGUGACAAACGUGGACUUUACUAGUAAUUUAAGUGAGAAACUUCCAAUUUAGCCUAAAUAGUUCUUAAUGAGUUAUGAGUUAUGACAAAUCUACGUUACAUAAAAGGAAGAGUCUGCAGUUGGGCCAAGAUCUUCGUGGCGGGGCGAUCUUUGAGGAGAUUCAUAUGUUGCUUCGAUGUCUGCAUUUGUUUUCUAUUCGCUUUGUAGGACGUUAUGAGAAUAGGGUGGCCCAUUUGGUGGCUAUAAAAGCCCUCUCAUUGUUUCCUAGUCUAGUUGGUUUUGAUUUUUCGUCCUGUUUGCGUGCGACCAGGUGAAUAUAGUGUAACUCUUUUGUCUCAGUAAUACGAGUUAUCUUUCGACAAAACAGAAAAAAGAGUCCACAGUUGGGCCUUUGUCUAAUAUGGGUGAGCUCGCCAGUCAUUUCAUUGGGUUUAACUUCAGGCCCAUCCAUCAAAAUCAUCAUUCUAUUGUUCCCUUUUCGGGCAUUGUUAAUCGGACCUACCUUCCCCUAUGCGCUGGAGGAGGGUUUAGCUGCGAGCGGAACAAGAUGGCGAAGUUGCAACUUUCAAUCUUCAUGAACAAUGGCACCGAAGAGGAACAAUCAGAUAAAUUAAGCAAACUUUAACGUGAAUAUUAACUUUAGAAUCCACUUGAACAAGGCAAUUAAGCUGCUAUGGCGUUGACACAUCAUUCAUCAUGAUAAUGUUGAACAUUACUUAACUAUUAUAUCGAUUAAAUCAAGUAUUAUCGAGCGAGUUGAUAUAGUUUAAUCAUCGUAUCAUAAACGUUAUUCUUAUCGUACUUAUAAUACACAAAAGAAGAGCUUGAUAUGAAUUUUCCAUUAUGUCCCACAUGGAUCCAUAUGUUUUAUCCACUUUAUCAUCAUUGAAAGUAUUGGACAUGAGGCAAUACCAAUUUUUUUUUCUUUUUCUUUUUCUGAGAGUAGUUCGUACUUCGUAGUACCAUCUUGGAGCUAAAGUUAGCCAUUAAGCCCAUUUAUCACUUUAUUUUGGCAUUCCUUCCUUUCUCGACAUUACUUCUCCACUAAUCAGUUACUUUCUUCUUCGUCCUUUCCAAGUUCCUUCUUUCUCCCAUUCCUUCCUUUCCUAUCCAGCUGAUUCUGCUUGGCUCUUCCAAGCAAGCUUUCCCUUAUUAAAAAAAGCGACUUCUCCUCCAAUCUAACUAUAUUUUAAACAAUUGAUGGCAAACUUUAACCAAGAAUUGAAGUUGUCGAGAACGCUGUCGUAUAUGCCCCCACACGACGUCCAUGGAAUUUAACCAAGCUUAAAAAACUAAUUAAUGCCGUUUUUUUUUUGGAACAAAUGGUAAUUAAGUACGUAAUUGGUCCCGAUAAUGAUUCAGUUUAAUUAACUAAUUAAUAAUUACUAGCUUAUUACCCGGCCCGUUGGCCGGAUUACUGUAUGUUACCCACUUGUAGAAUGGGAGAGAAAGCAAGUGAGAGUUAAGGGAUUGGGAUUCCACUUGAUUAAGACCGGCCCACUAAUCUGAUUCUUCCCGCCCCGCCCCAACCUAAAGGGUCAGAAAGAGUCAAUAAGAAAAUACGAAUGGAGAGAAUUAGUAAUAUAUCUUGACUCUUCAGAAGUGGGUCAAACAGGAUAAAGGUUGGGUGAGGGCAAUUUUUAGCGCUAAGCAGAGUUCUGGGUUGAAUAACUUUACUUAGGCCUAGAAAUUGGUGCUGAUGCAGACUGCAGUUUUUAUCAUACCAUCAUCAAUCAUCAUUGAAUUAGUCCUGGGCAUCCCUCCCCGUUGUCGGUCUGAAUUUUAAUGAUGGCUUCAUUCCUUGCACCAGCCAUAUCAGCAAGUUGUCAUCUCGAGCAUGAUUUGCCUAUGUACAAAUGAUACAAUUAGAGUAUGAAACUGAAUUCAAAGAAAAGGAAAAGAGAAUUCUAUCACAUGCCAAUAAAUACACACAUAAUAGUUGAAGCUAAGUGAAAGUCAUUACUCGCACAUCAAUUCUCAAAAAUUACAGACUAAACAAUGGCUAGAAUGGCACUGAAACUACCAAGAAUCAUGGACGAAACAACUUGUCAAAUUAAAUAAUCCUUAUACUGAAACUACCUUCUAACUUGAAAUAAGACAUGAUCACAGUUCAUAGCACUCUUAUCACUAUGAAUUGGUUGCAGCUCGUCCUUAUCACUACCUCCCAAGCUCAAUUCAAACAGAAUAGACACAGUUAUGUAAGAUAACUAUAUCCUUACUGAUCAUAAUUCCUUUCUUCACUCCAUUUUUGUCGGAGAAAAGAGUUAUCCCCCCCUCAUGCAUUUCCCUUUCCCCUUCUCUUCUCCCUCUUCUUCACAAACCGAUCCCUAAACCAGCAACAACAACACAAAAUAGCCUUCGCCUCUGCCAUCUCCAUCUACUGAACGCGUUGGUGGCAAGACAGGACUGCAGAAGCAAAAUUUUCUAAAAUCAAACUAAAUUUUUUGAAGGAGACUCAACCACGAAAAAAGAGUAAAGCAACAAUGCUAAUAGUUCAGAUGGUUGGUUUUGAUGUUAUACGUUGCUUUUGUUAUGGUCUCCAGUGUAUCAACUGCAACAGAGAUGUUUCCUCCAAUCAUCUUUAGUGCACGAUUUAGAAGUAAGUCCUCUUGUUUGUGUCAAACGGAAACAUUCAUGGGUUCUUAACUCCACUGUUAGUAAAUGCAUCAGCAACAAAGAAGUUUGACAACACAUUAAGCACCCAGGCAAAAUGAUACAAUGCAGUAGGUGAUAUGUGUCUCGAAGGUUUUGAGUUACUAAAGUUCAUGUUAAAAAUAAACAUGAAUUAAAAUGGAUUAUUCUAUUAAGCAAACAUCCCCUCUAAUCAUACAAAGAUCAGAUAUCUAAUUCACAAACAAUUAAGCCAUAAAAAAUCAUCACACAUCCACCACCUCUGAUUGCCUAUAUUUGUUUUUUCGCAAAGUUAUGGACUCUUAAGGGUAAAGUUCAUGGGUAGUCUGUUUCAUAACUCUAGAGAGCACAGUAAGCAGCCACCAACCAGACACAGUGCGGUAGGCGAAUAUGAUUCUCAAUUCACAAUUUCUCACCACCGGAAGUAAGAACAGACCAUAAUAAGCGUAGCGUUCAUGGGUGGUCUGUUUCAUAGCACUACUACACAAUUUGUUAAAAAAGAAAGAAAGGUAUUUAGCAUCACGGCGGAACAACUUUUACAGGCCAACAACGACAACAUGCUGCAACCACCAGAACUGGUAUCACAACUCAUAGGGAAAAUCAAAAGAUUUACUCUUAAAUUAAGUAGUUACAACAUCGAGCAAUCGUCAAGCACAUACACCAUCACAAAAGUCACAGAACCUGAUUCACAAAGCAUUCAAACAUUUGAGGACAUUUCUUCAAAGAUACAACUUAUAUGUCUUUUUUCCAAGCCAUUUCCAUCAACAUGCUAAUAAAUUUGCAAUGCAUAAAACAAAUGGGCCAAAACUUGAAAUUCAGCCUGUUUGACCGACCCAUGCCAAAUUCUAAUUAUUCUUUACUUUUAAAUUUUCUAUUUGAAAAUAAAAAAUAGUGAAAGAAAAAAGACGACUACAAUUCGCCAUUUGCACAUCACUUAUUCGGGAAUAAAACCAUAUAAAUUCA